AGGCGGAAGGGCGGAUGCUGCUCGUCUGCUCGCGCUUCGACGCAGCGGGAGGAGGACACACUCCGCUGGGGAAGCUGCACAUCAUCGCCGGGCGGUUCUCCGGAGAUCUCUCCUCGUUGUACGCGUAGGUUAACGGUGUCACACCUGGGAUGAAUCCGCCGAGGGUUGUAGCUCGAAGGCUGGGUGAUGUUUGGAGAUGUUACGUCGCCAAGAUGGAGGGAAAGAGCUAAAAAGGAGACCCUGCUUCUCUCCUGCCGCUGCUCCCCUUCACUUUGCCUGACAAAUUAGCUUCGCUAGCCCGUCGCUCUGUUUUUCACCUCGCAGAUAGCAAACGUUUGUUCAGACACAUCCACCGGCUGCUGUGCUAUUCCACACAUUUUACACCUUCCCCGUCUCUUCCAGCCUCCACGGGUGUGAAUUAGCCAGGAACAUGAGCAGGAGAAGACGAUAAGGAGGUUGGCUUCCUGCGGGAUUUUGCACAGGCAUUUUCCUCUUGUUUUUUUUUUUUUCCCGUGGACAUGCCUUGUCUAUGGAGGAGGGAAGCUGAGCGGAGCUAGCUGGCCGACAAGCCCGGCUAGCGCAACGUUUCCUGGGUCUUUGGAUGAGCGUUCAGCUCCAGGGUUAGCUGAUUUAUUUCGGAUCAGCACCGCCUAUCCCAUCCCCUUCCCCGGGUAAGGAGGCAGCAUGGGGGAGUCCAGCCUGGACGACUCCAAUGUCAAGGUGGCUGUUCGUGUACGGCCCUUCAACAGGAGAGAAAAGGAACUGAACACUAAAUGUGUUGUGGAGAUGGUGAAGAACCAGACGAUCCUCCAUCCUGCAGGAACCAACCUUGGCAAAGCAGACUCUAGGAAUCAGUCCAAGGUCUUUGCCUACGAUCACUGUUUCUGGUCCAUGGAUGAGACAGAUAAGGAGAAAUUUGCAGGUCAGGAGGUGGUGUUCCAGUGCCUUGGGGAGAGUCUUCUCAACAAUGCCUUCCAGGGCUACAAUGCCUGUAUAUUUGCCUAUGGACAAACUGGUUCAGGAAAGUCUUACACAAUGAUGGGUUCAGGGGACCAGCCAGGUCUGAUUCCGCGCCUGUGCAGUGCUUUGUUUGAACGAACCCAGAAGGAACAGCGGGAGCAGGAGAGCUUCACUGUUGAGGUUUCCUACAUGGAGAUCUACAAUGAGAAGGUCCGGGAUCUGCUUGACCCCAAAGGGGGUCGACAGACUCUGAGGGUGAGGGAGCAUAAAGUGUUGGGUCCCUAUGUGGAUGGCCUAUCUCGACUAGCUGUGGCCAGCUACAAGGACAUCGAGUCUCUAAUGUCAGAGGGGAAUAAGUCUCGGACGGUCGCUGCUACCAACAUGAAUGAGGAGAGCAGUCGAUCCCACGCUGUCUUCAACAUCAUCCUCACACACACACUCAAGGACUUGCAGUCUGGGACGAGUGGUGAAAAGGUUAGUCGGUUGAGUCUGGUAGAUUUGGCUGGGAGUGAACGAGCAGCAAAAACUGGAGCAGCAGGAGAACGACUGAAAGAGGGAAGCAACAUCAACAAGUCUCUGACGACUCUCGGCCUGGUGAUCUCUGCGCUGGCUGAACAGGGGACUGCCAAAAACAAGACCAAGUUUGUCCCUUACAGAGACUCUGUUCUGACAUGGCUGCUAAAGGACUGUCUGGGGGGAAACAGUCGCACAGCGAUGGUUGCAACCGUGAGUCCAUCAGCAGACAAUUAUGAGGAGACGCUGUCGACGCUGCGUUACGCAGACCGAGCUAAGAGCAUAGUCAACCAUGCUGUAGUUAAUGAAGACCCCAACGCUCGUAUCAUCAGGGAGCUCAGAGAGGAAGUAGAGAAACUGCGAGUGCAGCUGACCCAGGCAGAGUCUUUAAAGGCUCCUGAGCUGAAGGAGCGUCUGGAAGAGUCGGAGAAGUUGAUUCAAGAGAUGACCAUCACCUGGGAGGAAAAGCUUCGCAAAACAGAAGAGAUUGCACAGGAGCGUCAGAAGCAGUUAGAGAGUCUGGGUAUUUCUCUCCAGUCAUCAGGGAUUAAAGUCGGGGAUGACAAGAGCUUUCUCGUCAACCUUAAUGCUGAUCCUGCUCUUAAUGAACUGCUGGUGUACUACCUGAAGGAACACACAAAAGUGGGUUCAGCAGACUCUCAGGACAUCCAGCUGUGUGGGAUGGGUAUCCAGGGAGAACACUGUGUAAUCGACAUUACGCCAGACGCUGCCGUUAUCCUCACCCCUUAUCGCAACGCUCGGACAUGUGUUAAUGGUUCUCCAGUAACCAGCGCUCUGCAGCUUCACCAUGGAGACCGGAUCUUUUGGGGAAACAAUCACUUCUUUAGGAUCAACCUGCCUAAGCGACGUUCCCGAGGAAUGGAGGAAGAGGAUGGUGAGGGUGGAGUAAUGAAGAACAGUGGCAGCAGUGAGCAGCUGGAUGCAGAUGGGGACACAGCCAGCGAAGUGUCCAGUGAAGUCAGCUUCUCCUACGAGUUCGCCCAAACAGAGGUCAUGAUGAAAGCCCUCGGCAAUAAUGACCCCAUGCAGGCCGUCCUCCAGUCUCUGGAGAGGCAGCAUGAAGAGGAGAAGCGCUCUGCUCUGGAGCGGCAGAGGCAGAUGUACGAGCAGGAACUCCAGCAGCUCCGCAAGAAGCUGAACCCGGACCGUCUGUCCACAGGUCAGUCAGGAGCGCCGACACCCGGCCAGCAAGGUCCAGCACAGCAGUCACACUACCGCAGCCUGGAGAGACUCAGCAUGGGAGGGAUGAGCCAUUCAACCAGCGCUCAGAGCCGACUGAGGCAGUGGAGUGAGGACAGGGAGGCAGUGUUGGUGAGGAGUCUGAGAAGGUUGAGGGAACAGAUCGUGAGGGCAAACCUCCUGGUGCAAGAAGCCUGUUUUAUCUCUGACGAGCUGGAGCGACACACUGAGUACAGAGUCACUCUGCAGAUCCCAUCAGACAACCUCAAUGCAAACCGCAAGAGGGAUGCUGUGCUCAGUGAACCAGCGAUUCAAGUCCGACGUCGUUGUAGAGGGAAACAGAUCUGGAGCUUGGAGAAGAUGGAGAACCGACUGGUGGACAUGAGGGAGCUGUACCAGGAGUGGCAGGACUACCACCUACAUCACCAAGACAACCCAGUGAUGCGCUCAUAUUUUCGUCGGGCUGACCCGUUCUUCGACGAGCAGGAAAACCACAGUCUGAUCGGCGUUGCAAAUGUUUUUCUGUCCUGUCUUUUCUACGAUGUCAAGCUUCAGUACGCCAUUCCCAUCAUCAACCAGAAGGGAGAGGUUGCAGGGCGUCUCCAUGUGGAGGUGGUUCGAGUCGGAGGCGGCUUAGAGGACAACAUAGCUGGAGGAGACGAACCAGACAACAACCAAGACACCGAGAUCCAGGAUCGCAAAUUUGUCUGCAUGAUUAAGAUCCUGCAGGCCACUGGUCUUCCCCAGUACCUCUCCAACUUCGUCUUCUGUCAGUACUCCUUCUGGGACCAUUCUGAGCCAAUCAUCGUGGCUCCUGAAGUCGACCCAUCAUCCUCGUCACCCAGCACCAAGGACCCACACUGCAUGGUGGUGUUUGACAGCUGCAAGGAACUGGCGGUGUCAGUGACUGAGGAUUUCAUCGAGUACCUCACAGAAGGGGCUGUCGCCAUCGAGGUUUAUGGACACAGGCAGGCAGAUGCAGGCAGGAACCCCGCCCUGUGGGACCUCAGCAUCAUCCAGGCCAAGACACGCACACUACGAGACAGAUGGAGUGAGGUAACACGUCGCCUGGAGCUGUGGAUUCAAAUCCUGGAGAUAAACGAGAACGGAGACUUUGUCCCAGUGGAAGUGGUUCCUGCUAGAGAUAUACGGACCGGGGGAAUCUUCCAGCUUCGGCAGGGUCAGUCAAGGCGGAUCCAAGUGGACGUGCGUUCAGUUCAGGACUCGGGCACCAUGCCUCUGAUUGCAGAGAUAGUGCUUGCAGUGUCGGUGGGCUGUGUUGAGAUCAGGAACACUGCAGCAAACCAGGAAGGAGAUGAGAUGGACAGUUAUCAGGAAAGAGAUCUGGAACGUUUGCGGGAGCAGUGGUUAGCCGCUCUCACAAAGAGACAGGAAUACCUCGACCAACAUCUGCAAAGCCUGGUCAGCAAAUCAGAGAAAACAGAGGAUGACAUGGAGAGGGAGGCUCAGCUGCUGGAGUGGCGCUUGACUCUGACAGAGGAGAGAAACGCCGUCAUGGUGCCCUCUGCUGGCAGCGGCAUUCCUGGAGCGCCUGCUGAAUGGGUUCCUCUGGCAGGCAUGGAGACUCAUAUUCCUGUCCUCUUCCUGAACCUCAAACCCGAUGACCUCAGCUCUCAGGACCAGUAUGAGGUUCCUGAGGCCGGAGGUUGGGAUGCGUCUCUGACUGGAGAAGACGAAGAUGACUUCUUUGACCUGCAAAUUGUCAAACACUAUGAUGCAGAGGUGAAAGCAGAAGCAUCAUGGGACUCCACCAUCCAUGAAUGUCCCCAGCUCAGUCGUGGUGGAGCGUGGCCCGAGCAGCGGGUAUACCUAACCAUCAGAGUAGUGGUUCAGCUCAGCCAUCCUGCUGACAUGCAGCUGGUGCUGAGGAAGAGAAUCUGUGUUAACGUUAAUCCCGGCCGCCAAGGCUUUGCCCACAACUUCCUCAGACGGAUGUCCACCCGCAGCACCAUACCAGGAUGUGGGGUCACGUUUGAGGUCGUCUCCAACAUCCCCGGGGAUGCCCCUGGAUCAGAGGACAGGGAGAUGCUGGCCAACCUCGCUGCCAGCGCACACAACAGCCAGUCAGGUGAUGAAGAGGCUGCCAUCGAGAAAUACCUCCGAAGUGUCAUGAGUCUGGAGAACAUCCUGACUCUGGACAGACUAAGACAGGAGGUAGCAGUGAAGGAGCAGCUGGCUGGCAGAGGCAGGAGCAACAGACGGAGCCUUAGUUCUCCCUCUGUCCACAGGCUGUCUGGAAGUAGACAAGACUUAUCCACAACCUGCCUGCUGGAGGAUAAGGGUCGAUGGGAGAGUCAGCAGGACAUCUUCAUGCCCUCUCAGUUUCACCGCACCCUCCCCCGCCCAGCCUCCUCCCCCUCCACCUACUCCACCUCCCCUUCUUCAUCCACUACUUCCUUUGCUACGACCCCACCACAGAAUCAGGAAUCAGAGCAAGGUCGCUUAGGACUUGCUGCCUCUUAUCUUUCAGUGAAGGCGCUGGUUCCUCAGAUGCCGAAACUGCUAAAGUCUCUGUUUCCUGCAAGAGAUGACAAGAAGGAGCUGAGACCGUCGCCGCACAGCCAGCAGCAUGUGCCUCGCAUUGUGACAUCACCCGGAGGGGACGACAACAGAGUCAAGACAGAGACGCCCUCAACCAAAGACAGGCGGGCAGAGUUCCAAGAAGUCCCUCCUCUUCCUGUGCAUGACCCGCAUGACAUCACCCCCCUAAGCCAGUCGUCAAGCGGCUACUUCUCCACUAGCGUUUCUACGGUUACCCUGUCUGACGUCCUCCAACCUUCCUCCUCGUCCUCCUCCCUCCUGGCUGCUGAGACCGCGUUACCCUCAAAUCCCCAGCAGCAGCAGCAGGGUGCUGACAGGAACGAUGUUGUGACCUCUCCUUCUCAGUGUGCCGCCAAGAUGGCCGCCAUCGUGCCAGCCUCUUCCAACAGCUCAGCCAAUCACAACAACGUCACGGUGGAAAACUCCUUCUCCAAACCGAGGCUGGUAAAUUCAGGAGGAGGAGGUGACGGGUUUGAGAGGCUGGAAAUCUUUGUGGACGAUGAAGAGCGUAGCCGUGUUGACAUUCUGCCUGAAUGGCUGACGGACGGGUCGUAUGUUACAGUCGGAAGCAAUAAGGCGGGGACAGUGCGCUACGUGGGAAUGACGCAGUUUGCAGAGGGCGUGUGGGUGGGGGUGGAGCUGGAUACACCUGUAGGUAAGAAUGAUGGAUCAGUCGGAGGUCACCGGUACUUCCACUGUAAACCGGGUUACGGGGUGCUGGUUCGCCCAGACCGUCUGUCCUGUCGCGACCGGACCAGUCGACGGACGGGAGAGUCUGCUCCUCCCGCCCACGUCCCCAUCCUGCGAGGAGAAGCCAUUGUUGCACGGAGGGGGGAGAACCGCAAGUCCUGGAGCAGUUGAAACACAGAAACAAGAAGCUUGAUGAGAGAGAUGAACUCCUUACAACCCUGCUCCUCCUGCCCCGCCUCCGGCUCUCAGCUAUGCAACAGGCUAACGCAUCAGAACUAACUUACUGCCGACGCUCCUAUUGAAGGAAACAACACUCACAUGUUACGUUAAUGGAUAGAAACAGAGUAACGAGACAGUUCAGAGUGAGUUUCUGAAAGACUAUGCAGUGUGUGCAGAAGUCUAUGAGAGGACAUCUUGGAAAGUAAAAAUGUAAAUGAACGGCGGUCAGUGGGACGACUGCUGAGAGUGAAUGGAAGCAGAUCUCAUCAUGUUUGGAGGGAGUGGACAGGACGCUGCAGACGGUCUGAUCUGUUUUCGCAGCUGAUUUACACGGAUGCAAACUACUCACUUCAACUAUGUUUUAAAUCUGGGGGAGGUAAAAAAAAAAAAAAAAUUGUGUCAGCUCUUACAGUGGCUGCUGACUUCUGCUGCAUUUCCAACCUGUGAUGUGUUUGCAUCCCUGCAUAUGAAGUGUAGACCCAAUGUCCCAGAAUUCCCUGCUCCGGCUGCCACUUCCCUGAACCCCUCUGGGUCCAGUCUGCAGACUGACUGACACUUUGACUCAUCGUUGGAGACUCGUCUCUCCCUCCCUCACUGACUCCUUUUCUUUUCUCUUGAAGAUAAGACUCUCCCAAAAUGUGCCUUCACCACGGCUUGUUUUGCAAUUUUUUAUUUCUGUGUAUUUAAUUUCCGUUGGCUGUUUGUGUCGAGGAGAAAGCCUUGUGCUACGUGUGAGGUGAUCUCAGGGACUGUAGUGGGGAAAGGUUAAGGAUGGGCGUGAGUGUGUGUGUGUGUGUGUGUGCGUGCUUGCGUGUAUUUGUAAAUGUUGUACAGUGUUGACAUGUAUGCACAAGUUCAUGUUGUAGUCGUGUUGGUGUUGAAGAUGAGACGUGUGGAGCAGGAAAAGUGUGUCCUUGUUGGACAGAGCCACUAUGGGAGAGAGUUAGUUUGUACUGGGAGGUUUUAAAAGUUUUGCACUUCAGAUGUUGGAUAAGAAGCUUCCGUAAGUAAGGUGGUGAAAUGGAGAGGUAGGGGACAUGUUAUCAGACAGAGGCUGCUGUAAUGUGGAGACAAGCAUAUCUGGGCUUCCUGGAUGCAUGUAUCUGACAACCAGGAGGUGCUGUCUAUAGAGGAGUACUGUGUUGGUGGAAAUAGACACGUGUGUACGUUGAGGAAAAGAAAGUGAGAUAUCCUGCAAGGAGUUUAAUGCUUGAGAAAGAUUUGCUUCUAUGCAUUUUAAUGUGUUUUUAAAAGAAGUUUAAAAAGAUAAAUUAAGUUUUUAUAUUUUAUUUCUAAAUGACAGACACAAAUGGGAGAAUGAGCUGAGAUGUACGUUUUGGGAAAGUUUUUAGAUGCAGAAGCAGUUUGGAUGGAACAUUCCUGACACAUCUGCUGGAGGAAAGGAAGACAAUGGGACGAACUUUGGGAUUUUUUCAUUUUUAAGUUCAUGUUUUUCUUGAAAAUUCUUGAGGGACUUUUAACGUUUGAUACUGACCUCAUUCCUGUGUAUUAAUUUAUAGGAAAGCAUUGGCAGUGCACCGCAGCAGUUGGAUACUUAACGUUGGUCAUAAAUCCAUGAAGAAUGUUGACAGAACACACAUGUGCUUGAAAAACGUUUUCCAUGAGUUAAAGAGCCAUUCCACAAGUUUUACAGAUGACGUUCAGUUUAUUCCUCCUCAACGUCUGUAAACAGUCGUGUGUUGUCUCGUCUGUUGUGGCUCUGGAGGAACUUUCUGUCAGGUCUGAGAAAAUAACCCUGUGAUGUCAUCAGGGUUACACCAUGAAGACUACGAGGAAAGAACAGGGAGCGCAGAGUUUGAUGGACAUGCGUGUUCAUCAUGUGGGGAGGGUCUAAUGAAAGAGUCACAAAAGCCAUUUUCAGAAAUGACCUGCGGGUAAAAUCCGGACAUUUGGCUUUAGAGUCAACCUGCAGUUUCAACAACAUUAUUCAGGCAAGAGGUGGAGCAGACAGAGACAGGAAGUGAUGCAUUAACUCUGCUGUGGAGAUCACGUGAUUCUCUUGACCACACCCAGACACCCGUGUCGGCUCUUAUCACCACAAUCUCUCUUGACAUCUUCGUCUGUGUCCUCCACGUGUGUGUCAGCACUUUUUCACUGGGAGAUACUUGUUUUCUUUUCAUUUUUGCGACUGUUGCCCGUUGAAUCCAGCAGGGAUGACAUUCACACAUGCACCCCCUCCGGAGGAUCUGUGGAGGUCAGUGCAUGUCUGAAAGCAGCUUAAGUGGGACAUGGCGGAUUCGUGCGAUAGUAGCAACGAAAAAAUCACAAUAUUUCGGCCUCUGCUGCUUUGAUUCCUUCAUUAAUCGGUUUCGUAAUUUUCCUCGCUUUGUAAUUGAAAAAUACAAAGGUCUGAAAAUCACAAGAAGAAGGUUGAAUUCAAGAAGAAGCGCUGGAAGUCACUGGAAUGGGAUCAUUCACAGUGGUUUAUAGGACUCAGACUGAGUCUCAGUCAGAAAUGUAUAUCCAGAACCAGAGCUGUUGCGAAGGUGGGCGGUGAAGAGUCAUCCUCAGUCUCUCAGAGCGAUGAAGCUCAGUGGCUAAAUCGGUUGCGGAAACAACUUGGGACACUUUUCCCUCAACCAGGUUAAGUUCAUAUCCUAGUGGUGACAAACCUUAAUGUGUUCGUAGACAUGUUAAUUCAUGUCCACUGAGUCAGGCGUUUGUUGUUUGCUGUUUCUAUGGUAACAGUUAAAUGCAUACAAAAGAAUCUGAUAGAUUUCAGAUGGAGAUGAUAUAGUGACUUGUAUAAAAACAUUAUAUGGAAUACUGUAUGUGCAUGUAAAGGCACUGAGUAUUUCCAAACACUAUCGACUUUGUUGAUAAAGCGUGUUUGUUUUUCCUCAUUCCUGUAUAUCAUGUGUUUCUUAAUUCAAGAAGCGAGAUUUUGCUAUUUAUAUUUAAAUGCUCGUACACAUGCCUUUAUCGCAUGAAAACUGAUAAAGCCUUUUAUUUGAAUAAAUCUUGCACAAAUGAUUCCAUGAAAAUUGCUGCUAUUAGCAUUGUAAAUUAACCUGUAAAUGGAUCAAUUGAUUUCUCUAUCACCCUGUCUCUUUCUGUUUACUAGAUUGGACUUCUGUAUUUUUCUUUUCUCUUUAAAUCCUGAUGGAGAAACUAAUGUCAGCGCUUUGGGUUCAGAGACCAAUACAUUUUUUCACGAAUAGCUACAAUUUUGAAAACGAGGCACUUUGUUUAGUCAGCCUUGAAGAAGAGAUGGAUAGAAAAAUAAAAUCAGCUCUGCAUUGAUUUUAAAGGAGGACUGAAACUCAGAGGCGUGUUAAAGCUGAAGUAUGAGAUGAGGCCACAGUGUGUCGCCAUCGUCUAGUUAUUGUCUGUGUAUUUAUUACUGGCCUCAAAGCCCCAGGACCCUGGAGUUCUCUGAUUGGUUGGUUACUGUAGGUCUGGCGUGUUAUUGGUCGGCAGGUUUGUGAGGCGCUCUGUAGUUCGGACUUGAUGGUUUGGUUGUUUUUGUUAAAUGUGGUUCAUAAUAGUUUCGUGGUAAAUGAAGGCAGAGAGGAAAGUUUUUGUGUGUGAGUGUGUUUGUGUGUGUGUGUGUGUGGCUACAGGCUUUGAUCCAGUUGUGUCAGCAAGUUCUUACCGAGGUGGGAAACGACCGAUGGCUGCCUCUUUCCUCAGGAUAUGAGUGAGAGACGCUCGGUGGCCGAUCGUCUUUCCCGUCCUGGUCUCAGCUUGCACACUUGGGUUCGGGGGUUAGAGAUCACUUCAAGCUUCUGGCUGUUUCUUUAUGUUACUGUGCCUCUGAAACCACGUGACCAUGUAUCUUCCACACACUGUUUUUCAUAUCAGUGCUUCAGUUCAUUUGCACAAAGGUCCCCAGAGGGAUUCAAAUAAUAUCUCUGGAACAAGUAGGAAGAAAAUAUAACCAGAUUUUCAUCAUUCAGAUGUUUUUUUUAUUUUCAGCUUCAUGUCACAAUGUUUUUGAUGCAAUAAUCCUUCGCUCACUGCUCUACUGCCAGUCAUGGAAAAAAAAAAGAGGGAAUUUAUUAAUAUUGCAACACAGUAUUUUACAUGAGCGCUCAGCUCAAAUGUAGUGGUCAGAAAACUUCCAGCAAACCUCUAUUUUUCUCCGUACAGAUGCAGCAUCACGCAUCGUCAGGUGAAGUGUGACGCUGACAUCAUAUAGACACAGAUGAUGCACAUGAUCCACAGCAGCGAGAGCCAUCGCAGCAAGAACCCGUCAAAAACAGACAACCUAGCAUCAGUAACAACUGUUCUGAGCGGACUCCGUGUGGUGGAUUCAUUUCAGUGAUGGUGUCCAUCCCUGCAACUGUGGAUUAGAGUGAAGCCUUCAGUAUUAUUCAUGUGACUGUAUCCACAUCACCCACACUUGUCCGAGAACUUUCACACCAUGUACUGAUCUGUCCGAGUCCUCAGCCCCUCACAAUGUUUCACUUUUUAUUUGACUGUUUUUUUUCUUGUUUUUGUCUUAAGUGCUUCUGUUAUGCUCAGAUUUCGGUUCCAUAUCUUUUAUUGCAUUUCGCCUCCUGCUGCUGCAGCUGUGGGACUUCUGGUUUAGAGCAACGUGUCUCCUCUCUGCCUUAACGUGGCCUUUAAACUAGAGCCAGACCGGUUUUAGCAGGAAUAAUCCCAACUGGAGUGGCGGUGUCCUGUGCGGUUUUAGUGUGAGCGUUACAAACCCAUAUAAACCCACUUUGGUUUGACUCUGAAACAAAAAACCCCGUCAGUAAUCAAUUUUAUAAAACCUGGAGUCAUUUGUUCACAAGAAGGGAAGGCCAUUAUGUCGCCCCCUGGUGGCUACUGUCAAACCUCAAAUAUUGCAUCCCUCCACUGCCCUCCAGCAGCGUGCCUCACAGCUUCUGCCUGCCCGGGAUCACACCAAUCCUUUAAAAUCGUCUAAGUAGCAGGUCUUAUUUGUGUGCUUUGAAUCAAAUCUUCCGUUCCUGCCUCCGCAGCGAGUUUCCACCUUGUGACUACCUCUGUCCCUCGUAGCGGUCGUCCAGACAAUGUUCUGCCAACGUCCUCCCUGAGGCCUUUUAGCUGAUACAGAGCUGUACCUGCUUCACUUCUCAACUGUCUGCAUCCACUUCUCUUCCACAUAUUAGCAAUACACGGCUGCGAGGUGAUACGGCACAACCUGUUUAUUUAUUUUCCAUGGAGAGCUGCAGCUGCUCUUCCUGGUGCAUUUUAAACACAGUUAACAAUAUUCCCCCCAGGUACCUGCAGCCAUAAUAAACUGAGCUGUGUAAUAAUAGAAGCUGAAGGGGAGGGUUUGGUGCUUUUAAAGUCAGGGAGAUAUUCCUGCAAAAAAAAAAAAAAAAAA